AUGUUUUGUGCAAAACAAAGCGCAGUGAUUUCCUUAUGGAAAAGAACCUUCGCACUGAAUAGGUUGAAAAAAGAUGAGAAAAUUUUUUUCAAAUGUACAUAUAUGAGGAAUGGUAUAUGUAUAGGAAGAAAAAACAACCCAGACCAAAUUGCAAACAUCGACGGAAGAAGACAACACAUAAGUUCGAGGAUUAAGAGUGGGUUAGAUGAACAGGUAGGGAAUGCGUCUAUACGAACUGGGGAAAUAGGAAACCGUCAGGGGGAUAAGAACAUCUGCAGAAAAGGUGAUCUUGUUAGUAAGACCCCUCUCCGUAGUGGAUGGACCCCCCAAAACAAAAACGAAAUCCUCCCCAUUGUAAAUGAAAGCCGACACACGAUGGAUGAUUCAUGUUCGAGAAGUUUCUCAAAAGUGAAUCAGACAAAGGAGGAAAGAAGUGCCCAGAAUGAAAAAUACAGAGAGGUUCUAGAAAAACAAAAAAAUGUCAUUCCUGAUGAAAUUUACAACACGGAAUUGAUAAAAUGUCCAAAGGAUAUAAGGGAAAAAAAAAUAGUAUAUAAAUUUAAAGAAUUUUCAAUUUUCUCAUUUAACAUUUUGGCGGACAGCUUAGUGGAUUACAAGUACGAGAACAACUGUUCUGAUGUGAUGAGGUGGAUGAACAGAAAAGAAUUCAUUUUCCAAAGUAUAAGGAGAAAAUUGUCAGAUAUUAUAUGCUUGCAAGAAAUAGAGGAGCCAUAUUUCAAGGAACUACAGGGAAAACUCAAGCUAUUGGACUAUGAAGGAUUAUUUUUAAAAAAGAGAAAGGACACUUGCCAAGAUGGAAUAUGUAUCUUUUACAAUACAAAGGUUUUUAAGUUAUUAUUUUUUGAUGAAAUUGUAUAUGAUAAAUCUGUGUUUUUGAAGAAAUGGCACGUAGGAUUAAUUGUCGCUUUAAAAAAUAAACUUUCGAAGAAAGUGGAAUGGCCUGGUGGAAGUGUAAGUAAUGAUAAUCGUGAGGGUAGUCACCAUAUUGUGGGGGACCACGAUGUGAGUGGUACUCAUAUCUCCGCAGAAUCUGUUGACGAUAUUGUCAUCGUUUCCAACACGCACCUGAUCUUCGACUCCUGUAAGGGGGAUGUGAAGCUAUACCAGCUGUGCUAUAUGACGUACCGUUUAGUAGCCAUGAUGAACAAGUGCCUAGACUAUUUGAAGUCGCGCGGAAAAGCAGACAACACGGAAGAUACAGGGAAAGAAAAAAACAGGGAGGGCUCAUCACAAGGGAGAAUCCACCCAAGUGGUAUCCGGGACGUGCUGAGCCCCGCCGUAAUUUUUUGUGGAGAUCUGAACAUAACGCCUAACAGCCUUCUCUACUAUUACAUAGUUAACAGGUACAUAAAUUUGAAGAAGAUAAACAUGAAAAGAAUUUCAGGACAAUAUCUCAUGUUCAAGAAACAGUUCUACGUUGGUAGCUACGAGGACGGAAAGGAAAUUAAAAGAAUGUUUGACGAGAAUAUUCUGAAUGAUUUAAAAUAUGAGCACUACAACAGCAUGGUGGACAAUAUGAGAAGGGAAUCCCUAUUUUCUUUUUUUAAAAAUGAAAAAAUACUGGAGGAAGGGUACCUAACGAGUCAUUGUUUUCACCAUGAGAAUGAUACCUAUUUGAGGAACUACAAUAAUUCGUAUGAAUGCUUAAGGAACAAAUUUAAGGAAGGCAAGAAUGAUUAUCUUCCGUAUUGGGGACACUCCGGGAGAAAGUCUAAUACAUUUUCGGGUAGCGAAGUGGUGAGGAAUGAAGACAAGUGCGAUAAAAACUGUGCCCUUGUUUCUAAGGAGAAGAAACAUGGAUGCGUCAGUUUUGAUGAGAUGGACCAUGAGGAGGAUGCCGCGGAGAAGCGCCAUCCAGAGAAGAAAGCAAAAAUAGUAACUGAUCAGUAUGAGGACGAUUUCAUACUGUACUAUCCCCUGUAUUUUCAAAGUAUAUACAACAGUGUGGAAGAGCACCGGGUGGAAAAGCCUUGCCAUAAAUAUGAUAAUAUUGACAACCUGAAGGACGAGGAAAAUAAUUUACCCCUAAGUGAUGUUCCAUUCACCGUAUUUCAUGGAAAACAAAAGGGGUGUGUCGAUUAUAUAUUUUACUCUUAUAGGACUCUGAAGAAAAUAUCCUGUUCAGCCUUCCCACCAUUCGGGGAAUUGGCAAAACAUGGUUGCCUGCCGAAUGAGAAAUACGCCUCGUCGGACCAUUUGUAUUUGCACGCUACUCUAAUUAGAAGAGCAAAUGAUGAGGGUAGACGCAUCGAAGUAUGA